UAGACUUCUAGGAAACGGGGAUUUUUAAAAGCCCAGCCUUUACACUCUGUCCUUCACACGUUCGGAUCGCAUGCUGGCGACAACACACUCCGACCCGCUGUCCGAGGAGACGUCCAGUGUUCGCAGUGUGUUGCUUUCACUUUUUUCACUGAAGGUUUUGUUUCCGGUGUUUUUAUAUAAACUGCAGGGACACAUCGGCGCAGGUUACACGGGUCCCACUCCUAUCGUGACGGUGUUAAAGCUCAUUUUUUGCGUAUUUUUUUUAAAUUAUUUCUUAAGAGCUUUUUUCUCCUUAAUUUUUGAAGGAGAAAUACUGAUCGGAUCUUAGCCAAGAAGAAUCGAAAAAUAGUAUGAUUCUUUGUGUACCAGGUCCGAGAGUCUCUCUUCCCGUUGCUCUGUCCACUGAGAGUCCACGGGGUAUGCGGGCAGGAACCGUCCCCUCCACGCCAUGCCUUCAAAGCACCCCUCCACUAUGGGACCCCACAAAGGACCUGCGAGCAAUUGCAAGCAACUUCUGCUAUCUAGAAAACUCAGGGUGGUACUGGGGAGCUGUGACUGCGGCUCAGGCCCACGCUGCGCUUCAAGAGGCGUCCGAAGGAGCGUUCCUGGUGCGAGACAGCAGUCACCCUCUGUACAUGCUGACCCUCUCGGUCCGGACGGCGCGCGGCCCCACCAGCAUACGGAUCCAGUACAGCGGCGCCAUGUUUCUGCUCGACUCCAGCUCCCCGGCCCGGCCCAGCCUGUCGUCCUUCCCCAACGUGCCCAGCCUGGUGCAGCACUACAUGGGGCCGGAGAGGCAAGCGGAGGAGGGGGAGGCGGUGGAGGAGGCUCCUUCGAAGCCCUCCCAGCAGACAAUUCAGGAGACGUCCGUGGUCUUGAAACUGAAGCGGGCCGUGUUCAAGCCCCAGGGCCUCCCCUCUCUGCAGCACCUCACGCGCCUCGUCAUUAACAGACACUCUGACUGCACCGAGCGGCUACCGCUCCCCAGGCCGCUGCUGCGCUACAUACAGGACUACCCCUUCAAGGUGUGAGGGAGAGGUCCUUUAUUCCAACCUGAAAGGAGGCGAAGAGAAAACCUGUCGAACCGGUCCUGUCUUUCAGAGAGUGCUGCGCAAGCAGUCGGGAGGGCCAGUCCCGAAAAUGCAGGGUCAUAACUUUGCUGAAUUGGCACAAAAUCAGUAAAUACUGACGGGCCUGGUUUCACACUUUAUUCGUGGAGGACUGAGCGACGGAGUACAUGAGGUGAAGAGGACUUGUGAGCAAACUUCCGUACUGUAAUCCUUUAUUUCAUGAUGGAUGU